AUGCCCGGCGCAGAGAUAUCUCGUCGUAUCCACCCCAAAAACUCCGCCUCUUCACCCCCGCCAUAUGUGCUUGGGGACUUCUGCAUUGAUGAGUACAGGCCGGUGAAGGUCAUCGUCAUCGGUGCCGGCUUCAGCGGUAUCACCGCAGGUAUCAGAUUUCCGCAGAAGGUCCCGAAUGUCGAACUCGUCAUCUACGAAAAGGGUGCUCGCAUCGGCGGCACAUGGCACAACAACAACUACCCUGGUCUCGCUUGCGAUGUUCCAUCACACUGCUAUCAACUCUCGUUCGAAGAGAAGAAAGAUUGGUCCGCUUUCUACGCGUCCGGUCCCGAAAUCCGCGAGCACUUCCAGGAAAUCGUCGACAAAUACAGGCUCAUGCGCUACAUCCGCCUCGAACACGAGGCCGUACACGCCCAAUACGACGCUCCCACGGGAAAAUGGCGUGUACGCGUGCGGCGGCCGAACGCAGAGACAGGGGCCAUGGAAGAGUUCGAAGACAGCGGAGACGUCCUCGUGACCGCCGUGGGGGCUCUCAGCCGCUGGAAGUGGCCGGACAUCGAAGGUCUGAAAGAUUUCACGGGUGAACUGCAGCACAGCGCGGGCUUCGAACCGGGCCCGAAGACGUGGGAGGAGGUGGCCGAGAGGUGGGCCGACAAGACAGUUGGCGUGAUUGGCGUGGGAUCCAGCGGGAUCCAGAUGGUCGCUGCUUUGCAGCCGAAGGUGAAGAGAUUGGUGAACUACGUCCGCGGGAAGACGUGGCUCCCACCUCCUCUCGGGAACACCACCGUCGCACGUCUCCUAGGGCGCGAGCCAGGCGGCGAAGCCAAUCCUAUUUUCACGCCGGAAGAAAUCGAACGCUUCAAGAACGAGCCCGGUUUCUUCUGGAACUUCAGGUACACGCUCGAGCAGGAGUUCAUUAGCGGAUACUCGUGGACUCUGCGCGGCUCGGACCUGAGCAAACGUAUGGAGGAGGAGUGCCGGCAGAAUAUGGUGCGGGGACUUGCGAAGAAGCCUUGGAUUGCGGAGCACCUGAUCCCUGACUUCCCUGUCUCGUGCAGGCGGCUCACGCCGGGGCCAGGAUACUUGGAAGCCCUGUGUGAAGACAACGUCGAUUUCGUCCCCACGCCCAUUAAGCGCAUCACCGAGAAGGGCAUCGAAACCGAAGACGGCAAGUACCAGGACCUGGACGUCAUUCUUUGCGCCACCGGCUACGACACCUCUUUCCAGCUGCCGUUUCAGAUCAUCGGCCGCGACGGCCUCGACAUCAACGAGAAGUGGAAGCCACAUCCCGUUUCGUACCUCUCCGUCGCGGUGGACGGCUUCCCGAACAUGUUCAUGGCGCUCGGGCCGAACUCGGUGUUGGCCUCGGGGAUGCUGCUCCCGCUCAUUGAGCAGCAGGUGAUGUACGCGGUCCAAGCGACGGCGAAGUUGCAGCGCGAUCGCCUGAAGAGCAUGGAAGUCAAGCCGGAGGCCGUACGGGACUUUGACCAAUACAUUGAGGCGUAUUUCCCGAAGACCGUAUUUGCAGAGAAGUGUCGCUCCUGGUACAAGCUCGGUAAGGACGAAGGCCGAGUUGUUGGCCUGUGGCCUGGCUCCACUCUCCAUGGCAUGAAGGCACUCAUGCAUCCACGAUGGGAGGAUUACGAGUAUGAGCGCGCGGACGCCGUCGAGAACCGCCUGCACUGGCUCGGCGACGGGCAAACGCACAGCGAGAAGACUCUGACUGGGGAUAGUAAGGGCUAA